AUGAUCCUUGACAUGCUGAUGAAGAAGCAUGCCGAUGGGUCCGGCUCGAACGAGACUCUUGCUAGCUGGGACACACCUUGCUGGGACCAGAGCAAGCUAAAGGUUAGCAAGUCCAACUCGGAGGAACUGGAGCUGCGCCUCGUUUCCUACCUGGGAGAAUCCGCUGUCCACAACUUGGACGACAGCAGCGAAAGUCAUGUUUCCCAGGAAGCCGAGAUGGUCAAGGAGGCUGCAUUGGUGAUGUGGACAAACUCUGUCUACCAUCUCAUCGACGCCAUGAACCGCGCCAUGGAGGCACAGGGUCGUACCAUCGCCGACCUUGCCGAGGAGAUUCGAGUGGCCCCCGCCGAUGUCGAGGCAGUCCUCAAGCAUGGAUGCUAUCAGUGUGCUUUCGUGGCGUUCAAGCUGAUCAAUGUCCUGAAGCCAGGAAAGGACAAGGAGCUGGUGCUGCACCACCUCAAGAGCGCCUAUGCCUUGAGCCCGACGUGCCUCGAGGCUUUCUGCCACCCCGCCAUGGCUCGUCUUCGCGCGAUCAUCAACGACUUCUCCGAAACGAUUGCUCAGACGGCUAAGGCUGGUGGCACUCACGGUAUGGACUUCUACAGCCUUGAAGUCGACCUUCGCCGUAUCCCUGGCCAAUCGACCUCCUACUAUGUGUACAUCAAGCUGGUCUACUCCGGAAGCUCGAUCACUCGUUCGGACAGCUUUCAAGUCUAA